AUGUCUGCGGCUUACAAGCAGUUCCUGGCUUCGCCGAGCUCCUCUCUGCUCGCUGAGAAUGCCUCUCUGCAUUACAUUACCACCUUGUCCAACUUCGCUGGUGCUACCGAGAUCAUCAAGCACCUGACUGCCCUGCGCCGACAGGUCACCAAGAAGCAAGAGGAGGUCCUCAGCCUUGUCGAAGGCCAGAAUGCCAUUGUCGUCGAGGUCCUCACGGCUCUUGAAUUCAUUACCAGUGGUGGCGUCUACCUUCCCAAGCUCGAAGACAACUUCCUGUCUGACCGCACCGCCUACGUUCCCAUUACACACUUUGUUUCAUUCGACGCCGGCGGCAAAAUCGUACAGAUUCGACAGCAGUGGGAUCAGGGUGCUCUCCUGAAGCAGCUUGAUAUCGUUGGCAAGACUGGGCGCAACUGGCCCAUCCAGGACAGCCGCGAGCAGCUCCGACAGAUUCAGUCCUGCCUCAAGACUGUUGGCAAGAGUGUUCAGUCGGCUCCGAGCGACAGUGAUGUUGUCAUCCGUACUCGACACAACUCGAACAAUGCUCUGCGUGACCCCCAUGCCUCCCUCAACCUGUAUGGAAGCAGAGAGGAAAUUGAGUCGACUCCUAUGAAGGCCGCCUCUAAACCUUAUGCUGGCCACCGCCCCAGCCAGCGCUCUGUCAUUGACAUCAUUGGCGACGAGCCCGAGGAGGAGAGCGGUCACAGCCGCCAUCGCUCUGUUUCUCCCAGCAAGGCCGGCUCCGGCAAGAACUACCAACCAUCGCGCAUCUUUGAUGGCAAGCAGGAGGACAUCGAAGAGGUCGAAACACCCAAGAAGGGCGACAAAUUCAUCAAGCCUCACCCUUCCAAGUACAACCACUUUGAUUUUGUUGACGGCUCCGAUCCCAAAGACGCCCCCGCCCGCGGUGUCGACCUUGAAAACCGCCCCAAGUCCAAGCACGACAGCCAAUGGUCUUUUGACGACUUUGUUACUCCUGCCAAGGCCACCGCCGGCAAGGGCAUGCGCUCGCAGGACGUCCAGCACUGGAACCCCAGCAUGCAGUUCGCUGACGAUGGCGAUGAGCACCACGCCGGCGGCAAGGGCCGGCGCGAUGCCGAGACUCACUUUGAGCUCCAGGAUGACGGCGAGAAGGACGCGCGCCAGGAACGUGUUGGACUCCCACGGGGCGCCAUGCACAACGAAGGCCAGAGCCUCUACAAGAACCAGCUCUUUGACGAGGUCGAGCCCACUCCUGGUCCCAAGCGUGCUCUGCAAACCGUCACCAACCUCAAGGAUCGCAGCAAGGACUUUAACCCUCAUUUUGAAAUGGCAGACGAGUCACCAUCGCAACCCCCACGAACCCAACAUGCUCCCGAGGGCAAGGUAAAGAUGGCCAAGAACAUGGACCACAACUGGGAGGUCUAUGAGCAGUCGCCACUCAAAGAAAACAACAAACCCCGCCCUGCUCCGGCCGCCACGGGCAGCAACCAGAAGAUCCACAUUGCUGGUGACGGGAUGGGCUCCAGGAAGGGAGCUACUCAUGAUGAGUCAGAUGUCAAAAUUCACAUUGCCGGCGACGGUAUGGGCGGCCGCAAGGGUACUUCGCGCGCCUGGAUGACUGGCGGUGAUGAGGACGAAGAAGAGCAGCCCAAGGCGCAUCCCCGAGGCCGUGGCACUGCUGCUGCUCAGAAGACUGGUGGUUUCUGGGACUUUUAA